CUCUUUUCCUUCCUUAUAUCACAUUAUGUCUGACUCUAGUGCUUAUAUGGUGGCCAAUCUUUUAGAAAAGAUGGAUAGUGAAGACCGAGACUUUCGGUAUAUGGCUUUGAAUGAUCUUAUGAAUGAACUUCAAAAGAACUCUUUCAAUAAUGACUCUUUGGUGGAAGCAAAAGUGGUGGCUGCUGUUUUGAAAUUGAUGGGUGAUAAGAACACAGAAGUACAAAAUCUCGCUGUGAAAUGCUUGGCUCCUUUGGUAAAACAAAUUAGGGAAGAACAUAUGCUGGACAUUAUCAACAAAUUGUGUCAAUUUGCUUCUCAACAAAAGAAUGAAGAACUUCGUGGGAUUGCUAGCAUUGGUCUGAAAACUGUCGUAUUGGAGGUCAAUCCUAAUCGUGGUCAUCGUGUCAGUGCAAGCAUUAUUCCAAAGCUGUUACAAAUUCUUCAACAAGCUGAAGGUGACUAUGAAACACAAAUGGAUACACUAGAUAUCUUGGCCGAUGUUAUAUCACGUUUUGGUGGUCAAAUAUCAGCGGCACAACAAUCAUCGAUCCAACAAACCUUGUUACCUUUGUUAUCUCAUUCAAGAACAACCAUCAGAAAACGAACAACAAUGGCUAUUGGUUACUUAGUUGUCCAUGUGAAUGAUGCGUUAUUUGAUACUACUCUGCAUUAUAUAUUGGAAGGACUAGAAAAGAAUCAAAACUCUGAUGACAAGCUACGAACAUUUGUGCAAGCCAGUGGUAUUUUAAGCCGAUAUAGCCCUACUCGACUUGGAAAACAUUUAUCUGAAAUUGUGCCCAUUAUCACAAAAUAUGCUCAGGAAGCCGAUGAAGAUGAUGAACUUCGUGAAAUUAGCUUGCAAACCUUGGAAUCAUUUGUUGUGCGAUGUCCCACUGAAAUCACUGUUUACAUUGAUCAAAUUAUUACUCUUGGUUUGGAAUUCUUGAAAUAUGAUCCUAACUUUGCAGAUCAUGAUGAAGAUGAUGAUAUGAUGGAUGAGGAUGAAGAAGAAGAAGAUGAAGAAGAUGAAUAUGAUGAUAUUGCAGAAUAUUCGGAUGAUGACGAUGAUAUGUCUUGGAAAGUACGCCGUGCAGCAACCAAACUAUUGACAUCUGUGAUUGAAACUCGUUCCGAUCUUCUAUUACAACUUUACGAAUCAGUAUCACCAGCUCUUAUCAGUCGUUUCAAUGAACGUGAAGAAUCUGUCAGAAUCGAUAUCCUCAACGCAUUCAUUGCCCUUCUUCGCCAAACAAACUUGUACAGCUCUGACGGACAUUCUAGUGCCAUGACGAAUGAAUUUGAUCUUGAAUUUGACAUGCCUAGUUAUGAUGAAGGAUUCAUAUUAAAAGCUGUAGAUACUGUAUCAACAACAAAUAUGGAUAUUACUGAAGGUCCAAAACAGCAACUUCUUGCUCAGGUACCCAAACUCUGUCGCACAUUGUCAAAGCAAUUAUCAUCAAAAUCAACUCAAACCCGUCAAAUCGGCUUCCACCUAUUACAUGUGGUGAUCACUGUACUACAUGGUGGAUUGGAUAAUGAGAUUUCCUUGUUUGUUCCGGUCAUUGAAUCAUCAUUAUCAACAUCAACUUUGGAUUUACAACAAUCAGCCAUGUCUUCCAAUCUAAAAAUUGAAGUCCUAUCUUUCUUACGUACAUUUUUACGCACUCAUCCUGCGAACGUGACCCAACCUUACCUACAUCAACUAUGCCCUGCAAUUAUUAACAGCAUCUCUGAUCGGUUUUACAAGAUUACAUCGGAAGCUUUUAUGGUUUGUAUUGAACUUAUCAAGUCUAUCCGCCCUAUUCAACGUAUUCCCAAUACAAAUGAAUACAAUAUUGCGCCUGUGAAUCAAGACUAUGUAGGUUAUAUUAUGGAAAUCUAUCAAUUGACACUUAAGGUACUUGGAACAAACAAUGCUGAUCAAGAAGUCAAAGAAAGAUCUAUCAUGUGUCUUGGAGCUUUGUUGGCUCAAGCGGUGGAUGUAUUAGAAUCAGAACAACGACAUGCAUGGAAUGUCCUCUUGGAAAGAUUACAAAAUGAAGUGACAAGACUGAUCAGUGUCCGUACUUUGGCUAUUGUGUCUCAAAGUCCUGUGGCUGCAGGUGAAGAGUUGGCUCGCUGUGUUCUUACUGCUGUUGAUGGUAUUGCUCUAUUGUUAAGAAAAAGCAACAGAUCUCUCCGUGUAGCAAGUCUUGAAUGUUUGAAUAUUUUGAUCAAAAGAUUUGGUACCAAGAUCAGUGAUCAAAGCUAUCAACAAUUACUGACCGAAGUUCGACCUCUGAUUACUGAUUCCGAUCUACACCUUUUACCUCUUGCCUUGCAACUCGUUGAUUCUAUCAUUACUAUUCGACCCACUUCAGUCACUGAUAUCAAGGUGUUGAUUUUACCUACCCUUUUCCAAUUGAUUCAGUCACCUUUACUUCAAGGAGCUUCACUCAAGAGUUUGUUAAAUCUUUUUGCUUCCUUGGGACGAGCCAGUCCAGCGGAUUAUGAUGUCUUUAUCAAGGGUUUGGUGGAUCCUCUUUUAUCUGCUCAUACUGUUGGUGUUUCUGCUGGUGGUGUUGCUGCAGUAGCUAAUAAACAAUCUGCUUCUACUGUCGCUCAAUGUGUCGCAGUUUUAGCCAUCAACAACGAUCAAGCCCAUUGCGAAUCUACAGUGCGUACAUUCUUGGAUUAUAUCAAAAAUGCAUCAUCCAAUGACUCUGUUCGCUAUCUCAGUCUUUUGAUCUUGGGUGAAAUUGGUCACAAAGUAGACUUGAGUAGUCAUGAUUCCAUCCACAAUGAUAUUCUUAAUUUGUUCAGUGCUCAAUCUGAAGAAGUCAAGUUUGCGGCGGCAUUUGCAUUUGGAAAUCUUACAGUUGGCAAUAUUGGCAAGUACUUCCCAUUGAUUGUAUCUCAAAUCAAAGAAAAACCAAAAAGAAGAUUUUUGUUAUUACAUGCUUUAAAGGAAGUGAUUACUCGUUGUGAUUAUCAAACACCAAUCAUUGCACUUGAGGAAGCAUCUGAUGAUAUAUGGACGCUACUAUUGGAAAGUAGUGAAUCGGACCAGGAAGAAGGCACUCGAUCAGUAGUAGGCGAAUGUCUUGGUAAACUAGCCUUGACCAAUUCAUCAAAGUAUCUUCUUCAAUUGGAGGCUCGAUUGGCAUCCCCUUCUCCUCAAGUACGAGCAACUGUUGCUACUGCGUUCAAGUAUAUUGUUGUUGAUCCCAUACAGAAGAAUGAUGAUUUACUGAAACCCGUUGUCGCUCAAUUCUUACUCUUAUUGGAAGACUCGGAUAUUAAUGUUCGACGAUUAGCCCUACUGACAGUCAAUUCAGCUCUUCAUCGCAAAGCCUACCUCGUGCGUGAUGUCUUACCUUCUUUGUUACCUCUCCUUUAUCAAGAAACUAUUGUCAAGGAAGAAUUGAUCCAUACCGUAGAAAUGGGACCCUUCAAACACAAAGUGGAUGAUGGCUUGGAACUUCGAAAGGCAGCAUACGAAUGUUUGUAUACAUUAUUAUCUACAUGUUUAGAUAGGAUUGAUAUUCAUGGUUACUUGGAUUGUGUUCGAAUUGGCUUGAAUGAUCAACAUGAUAUCAAAAUGCUUGUUUACUUGAUGCUGAUUCGGCUUAGCAAAGUAGCAUCUACGGCAGUAUCUCAAAAACUGGAUGAUUUGGUGGCUCCUUUGAAGGCAACUCUUGAUUUCAAGAUUCGAAGCAAUGCUGUGAAACAAGAAUUGGAAAAGAAUCAAGAAUUAGUUCGUGCCACUAUUCGUUGUAUAGUUGCUUUGUCUGUGAUCUCUGAAACUGGGACUAGCCCCAAGUUUGAACAGUUUGUGGAAGAAGUACGAUCUGGUCCUUUGGCAGAUGAAUACAAAACAACAGCAUUUGAAGUUGGGAAACGGGAAUCAAGAUCUGGUGAUUAUAUGGAUCUUUCAUCGUAGAAUACUUACGCUCAACAGACGGAUGGAUUAGUAUUAGCCUGUAGUACUUCUUUUUUUAUUUUAUUUUAUUUUUUUAUUUAUUUUUAUUUUGUUUUACUCCCAAAAUAAAAUAUCAAAUCGCGUUUUAUUAUAUAA